AUGAGCACAGGAAAAGGAAAGGAGCGGGCUAGUGACCAAGGAAGCAGCGAAGAAACACAACUGAUGCCAAACAAAACAUCUGAGGGUCCUUCAAUGAUAUCCAGAAUAGCAGCUUCAGCAAGUGGUCUCUCCAAGGGUGCUUUCUCAGCUCCUACCAGCAAAGAAAUAAGCGACACCACCAAUUCUGCCCUUUCUAAUUCGGGAAAAGGACCAUCUUCAAGCGCGAGGGUAGGCGGUAAUUCUUCUUGGGAAGAGAGCUCAAAGCAAGCCCAGACCCAACCUCAAAUUAGCGGAAAUGCAACAGGAAAUUUUAGGCUCGGUCACAGCGAACUCCACGUCAACGAAUCUGAACAAGAAUUUUCGAAUUUCCUGGAUGGGAUUGAUUCCUUUACACCAUCUGAGCAGCCCACUAGCAGCGAGAAGAUAGAAAGGGGAGUCAAUGAUGCUUUUGAGUAUGCUUGGGCAAGAUCUCAAGCCGCUCCUGCUGCGCAUAUCCCAGCUCCAGCACCAGUUGCCCUUAGUUCUGUAGAAGAACAAGAAAAAAGGGAUGGAGAAGCGGUUCUUGCCAUCUUAUCGGAUCCCAAUUCCUUGGAUGAGCAAUUCGAAGAACCGCAAGAUGAUACCGGUACGAAUCAAUCCUGGGGACUUUCAGGAAAACAGAUUGUUGAAUUGAGAGCUAUGACAAAAGAUUUGUUUCCCCCGCCUGAACCCCAUGGAGCGGUUCCUCUUGAUCAUCCACUCAACUUGAGACCAAGCUUCGGUGCGGAUGCCAUGGGACAGGUCAAUGGUCAUGGAGUACAUGAUGUGAAUAUAGAAUCAACGGAAGAAUGGAGGGAGCAAUGGGAGGGAGUCUUGACACGCUAUGCAGACGAGGUUUGGGGAGAUUUGUUACCUUUAGUGAAAGAGGCUCGUAAGGAAGUUGAAGAGUUGCGGGACGCACCUCAGGCAGUUGAACAAACAAAGGCUUUGCGUCGACUAGGUGCUAUCUUGGGACAUCUGCCACCCCGUUGA